AUGCCUGUCGCGGCCCACCAACCUGAGCCUGACUUGUUCGACGACGACGAUGAAGGAUGGCAGGACAUGCCUGUUGUCAGAGAGUCUGACGAGUUCGCUGACGGGCUAGACGAGGAGGAUCAGAAGAGAUACCAUUACGUCCCUUCAGCAAAGAAAGCCAAUCCGACUGGAGGCGCUAGCAAUGCAACGGGGAAUGUUUUGGACGUAGACGACCGCGGGCAGGAGUGGCGAUCCAAGAUCGACCAGAAUGAGAGCGAGUACACACGGCUACGACUCAAUGAAGAGGACGAGAGUGAUGAAGUGCACCUGCGCACGCGCUACUUGUUCGAUGAGGACAAGGCCAUGACGCCCCUCAGCCAGAUGCAGGCGACGAAGAACUUGCUCACAGAGGCACAACGCAUUGCCUACGUCGGCUUGUGCGCAUUGACAACCCGGGAGAUGGCGCAGCGGCUGAAGAGCAUCAAUACGAAGGAGGUCAAGCCCGCGGUACAGAGCAUGGAGCUUUGGGCGUUGAAAAUUAUGGGUCGGUUGUAUUAUCAUAUGGAGCUCGAGACGGAAGAACAGAAGAUGAUCGAUAGUCUGGGUUUGCAUGGCGUGAUGCCAGAGGACCUAGUACCUGCGCUGAUGACCACACAUACCGUCGCAAAUCCCGAGUAUGAUCCUGCAGAGGCACGGCGGCAGGCUGAGGAGCGGGAUCGCCAAGCGGAGCCUGAACCUGAACAUCCAGGGGACGACGAUAUUACCGAAGCUGACCACGCGCCGCCGUCUCAGCCCACGACUCCUAACCCUGAUGGCUCCACUACGCCUGGUACGGCUGCAGUUAAGACUUUUCAAACAACCCACCGAGUGUUGGAGGAAACUUCGACUGCACCGCUCGCAGGUGUCACUACGCAGCUCUCCGCAGCCGAUAAGGAUGUGACUCUGGACAUCCGAUGGACGGUUUUAUGCGAUUUGUUCCUGAUUAUUGUGGCUGACAGUGUGUACGAUGCGCGCUCACGUGUGCUACUCGAGCAGGUGGCACUGAAGCUUGGGCUCGGCUGGCUUGAUGUGGUCAAGUUCGAGAAGCGAGUAACGGAGGCGCUCGAGAUACAAGAAGGUGUCGAGAAGUUGGAGCAGAAAGAUGUUGUCGAGGGCAGGCAGAAGAGUUCGAAGAAGAGGAGGUAUAUGAUGAUGGGCCUUGCGACCCUUGGCGGAGGUCUAGUCAUCGGUCUCUCGGCUGGUUUACUGGCCCCUGUCAUUGGGGCAGGUCUUGGGGCCGCUUUCACGACUAUCGGGAUUUCAGGGACUACUGGAUUUUUAGCGGGCACCGGCGGCGCUGCUGUUAUAACAACCGGCGGCGUUUUGACUGGAAGUGGAAUUGCUGCUAGAGGUAUGGCAAGACGGACUAUGCACGUUCGCACGUUCGAACUAUUGCCAUUGCAUAACAACAAGAGGGUUAAUUGUAUAUUGACUGUACCUGGGUUCAUGACUGGCCCGCUCGACGACCCCCGGUUGCCGUUCAGUGUCCUUGAUCCUAUUGUCGGAGACGUAUUCAGCGUGCUCUGGGAACCUGAAAUGAUCCAGGAAACUGGUAGUGCACUGAAGAUCCUUACCUCAGAAGUGCUGUCACAGAUUGGCCAAACAGUUCUACAGGCAACGGUCAUGGCUACGUUGAUGACUGCGUUACAGUGGCCCAUUAUUCUUACGAAGUUAGGCUAUUUAAUAGACAACCCGUGGAACAACGCUCUCGACCGAGCUAAAGCCGCUGGCAGCGUCCUGGCAGACGUAUUAAUGCAGAGGCAUCUGGGCGUUCGACCCGUAACGUUGAUCGGCUUUUCUCUCGGUGCCCGUAUGAUCUUCUAUUGCUUGCUCGAGCUCGCCCGUCACAAAGCGUAUGGCAUUGUUCAGGAUGUAUUCCUGCUUGGAACCACAGUGACUGCUUCUACUCGCACGUGGAUAGAGGCACGAUCUGUGGUAUCAGGGAGAUUCGUGAAUGCCUAUGCGCGGAACGACUGGGUGCUGAAUUACCUAUUUCGGGCGACCAGUGGAGGUUUGAAUACGGUUGCUGGACUGCGACCAGUGAUGAACGUGCCAGGUCUGGAGAACGUCGAUGUUACGGACAAGAUUGCGGGGCAUAUGAGUUACAGGGCAUUUAUGCCUCUUAUCCUGGACCAACUGGGAUUCCCUGUGUCUGCGGACUACUUCGAUGAGCCUGAGGAACCCGAUUUUGAAGGUGAACGUGUGGUCAUUCGGGAGGAAGAUGAGGCUGCUAAGAAGAAGAGAGGCUGGUUUUCGCGCAACAAGAAGAAACCGCCCUCUCCUACGCAGCAUGUCUCGCGCCCCCCAUCUGCUGCUUCAUUCGGUACAUUCCAGAAGAAGAGAUCAACAGACACGGCUCGUACAAGUGCAGACGAUGACUUACCACCACGGGAGGGGCCUGUUCCAGAGAAGCCUACGUCACCUCCUCCACCGUAUACUGAAAAGGAGGCCCCUUCCCGCGUCGACGAGGGCCAAUCUACAUCUAAUCAAGCUGCGCCCAAUCUUCCGCCAGCUCGCGCAGGCUUCAACUUCGAUGCCAUCAAAGAUGUUAUUGGCAAGAGUGAGCUGAAGCCGGAAGAGGUACAUGUCCAGCAACGCAACCCCUUCCGAGCCCCUCUCAUACCUCCGCCUACACAACGGUCAGAGUCCACACCUCUUCCUGCCCCGCACGAAUCCCGGUCACCCACUCCUACGCCUGUCACGAAAUUGCCUUCCCCACCUCUGUCGAGUGAAGAGAGCGGCCCUCCUAUUCCGCCGAAAUCUGCUCCUCGAAGCGAUCUGACGUCGACGUUCCAGCGAUCCCUGUCGCUUAAUCAUGCUCAACAUGUAUCCGAGGGAGAGGGCGACGUGACAUCAUCCCAACGUUCGGCCCCUUACAUGCAGCAGGCCUUCGGAGCGUCCUCGAGUUCACUGCGGCUGGACGACGCGCCUACGUCAAGACCGUCUACGGUGCCUACACUGUCCUUCGGUGCUGAUGACGGCUCAAUCUGGAAUCCGGAGCCCAAUCCACCGUCCGACACUAUUUUCGGCUACCGAGGAUUUACCAACGACGCCUCACAUGCUAGUACCUUCGGUCAGACAGGGUUGAAAUCCCAAAAUCCCAUGUCAUCAUCUGUUUCGCUAUCAUUCGGUGGAACGAAUGGAUCGAUAGCUAGUUUGGGGAACGGGACGCUGCCGUACGCUACCGAACGACAGAAUCCGUUUUCGUCUUCCGCCACGUCGUUAACAAGCCCCGGACUCUCUUUUGGGAGUGCAGACGGAUCGAUAAUGGUUGACCCUCUGUAUACCGCAUCCGGUUCUUCGCCCCUUGCGGACCGGGAUCCUUGGAAGAGUACGAGCUUCAAUCCAAAUCCUUGGCAGAGUUGAUGAUGCGUGCAGUGGGUCCUUGGCCGUUGUUUAGGCACUCUACUUCCUCUCAUGCAUGGACACGUUCAUCGCAAUCCAUUUUGUACUCCUUGCGUCCUAUGGAUACGUUGG